AUUAGAACUCGUGUGUGUGCCUAUCUGAUUAACAGCUGUUGCUGGUAGUUGGAAUCCAACCCACAGCAUGGAUCAGGUCUUGUAUCCAUGGCAGCAGGGUAUUUAUUACAGUUCCUACCACUCUCCACCCAGGAUUGGCGGACUUUAGCCCUUAAUUAAAUAGAAAAGUAGGAGAACACAGGGACUGACUCUCUGACCACCAGAUAUAAAACAAAGGGGGGCAGAUUCCUUAGCAAAUGGCAAAAUUUCUGUCCCAGGAUCAAAUUAAUGAAUUCAAGGAAUGCUUUUCUCUAUACGAUAAGAAACAAAAAGGCAAGAUAAAUGCCAGCGACCUGAUCACAGUGAUGCGGUGCCUGGGAACCAGCCCAACUCUGGGAGAGGUAGAGAGACAUCUUCAAGUGCAUAAAAUUGACAGAAAGGCAGAACUGGAUUUUUCCACUUUCCUGACCAUAAUGUACAGGCAAAUGCAGCAGGAAGACCCUGAGAAGGAAAUCCUGACAGCCCUGGCAAUGACGGACAAGCAGAAGAAGGGUUUCAUCACCGCUUCCGAGCUGAGAACCAAACUCACCAGGCUGGGAGAAAAGCUCUCGGAGGAUGAAGUGGAUGACCUUCUAAGAGAAGCUAAAAUUGCACCAAAUGGGAUGGUGAAAUAUGAAGAAUUCAUCCACACCCUCACCCUUCCUGGUGCAGACUACUGAAUUUCAGAAUGACAAGACUGCCUCGGGUAGGGAAACAGGCAAGCUUUUCCAGCUGACGUUUUCCUGGGUCACUUUUGGGCUCACUGGAAUGAGCACUGCUUGCCUUGAAGGAUCAAUAUUUUGCUUUCUUAGAGUGAAAUAUUUGUUUGAACAGGUUUUUCCCGUUGCAAGGCCUGGCCACACCUUCCUUGUCAGUUGGAAUGGCGUGGUCAUGUCAAACACUGGCUGUAUUAUUUUAAAUGAAUUGAAUUCCAUGUUACAUUGCAUAAAGCUUAGCGUGCUUACAAACCCACUCAUUAGUCAUUAGCAUUUUUAAAACACGUUCUACUUUAAAGGGGACAGUUUUUGCAGAGCAAAAUCAGCUACCUACCUUAAUGUCACAGGGAGAUGGUUCUUCUUGAGAGUAAAAGAACGAACGAACAGCUAUUUGGUCUGACCGUGAGCCAGUGGUAUCCAACUAUUCCCUGUGUAUAAGGUAUCCUAGGGUGCUUGACUAUGCUACCCAUAAACUUUGACAAGUUUGGAAUGACCAUGCAUAUCGCUCACACCAGUGCCUGGAUACACACAACCCACUGAUCAAUCUUGCUGUUAUGGAGAAGCCAAGCCAACACGCCAGUGGGAAGGGGAGCUCAGAACCCUGUUGACUAUCUGGAUGAGGACAGUGGUCAGGCAGAUUGCUGUGAUUCUGUUUGGAAGAACUCACAUCUACAGUAGUUACCGGGCUUACAGUGAACUGCGAGAAACAUGAGCCCUCCUAUUACUCUUCAAGCAUGAUAAGGGGUUCCCUAUGCAGCAUAACUUUUCUCAUCCAGAUUCUUGGGGAGUGGAGGACAAAGAGAAGCAAGAUCUCCAUACUACCAUGCUUAUGACCUUUUAUUAAUCAGGAAGCUACUUCAACAUGCAACGCCGUAGGAAAUCUCCAUGAAGUUGGUCCAAUAAACAAUAUGUCACCCAUGUUGUCUCUCCGUGAAGUUAGAUACCCACAGCGACUCCCGAGGCAGGAGAGUAUGGGCUUUGCAUA